AUUCUGCAGGCAUCUGUAUCUAUCUCCUUCCUUUGCACCUCUGCUAAGCUACUACUUUCCUCUGUCGUCCAUGGCGGCGGAAAAUGAACCGGCGAAGCUACUUCUCCCCUAUCUUCAGCGGGCCGAUGAGCUCCAGAAACACGAACACCUCGUUGCCUACUACUGUCGAUUGUACGCGAUGGAACGAGGGUUACGGAUUCCUCAGAGCGAUCGCACUAAGAUGACCAAUUCCGUCCUUAUUUCCCUCAUGAAUCAGCUCGAAAAGGAUAAAAAGUCUCUGCAGUUGGGACCUGAUGAUCAUCUACACGUUGAGGGAUUUGCCUUGAAUGUCUUUUCCAAAGCUGACAAACAAGAUAGGGCUGGGCGAGCUGAUCUAAAUACCGCAAAAACUUUCUAUGCUGCAAGCAUUUUUUUUGAAAUCCUGAAUCAAUUUGGCGAACUUCAGCCUGAUCUUGAACAGAAACAGAAGUACGCAGCAUGGAAAGCAGCUGAUAUAAGGAAAGCACUAAAAGAAGGGAGAAAGCCUAUUCCCGGUCCUCCUGGUGGAGAGACAGAUUUAUCAGUGCCAUCAAGUACAUAUAAUGGCGUAAAUGAUCUUGAACCAAGUAGAAGUGACGCAGCUGAUUCAAGCACCAGAUCCAGCCUGGCGAGAUCAGAUUCUGCCGCAAGAAGUGCACCAGGUCCAGAUUCAUUUCCUCAAACAUACGAUCAUGAUAGUCAUCAGCAAUCUACAGAUUUCUCUCAACCACCGUCAAAUGUUAUGGGAUCACCUCCUUCGGGCCUUCCGCCCCAAUCUCAUCACCCUUCUGACAAUUACUCUGGAGUAGAUUCUGCUGCUAGAAUGCCACCAGAUUCAGAUUCAUUUCCUCAAGCCUAUAAUCAUGAUAAUUUUCAACAUCCUGCUAGUUUCUCUCGACUACCCUCCAAUGUUACACCCCCACCUCCUCCGCCAACUCAUUAUCCUACCGACAAUUAUUCACCUGAAAACAUCCACCAACCACCAAAUGGCUCUGAGAAUUCUGUUUAUCAUCACCAGUCACAUCCUCACCCGCCAUAUCAGCCUGAACCUCAUCAGAACAUCCCCCAACACUACCCUUCCCAUGACAUACCCUCCUUCUCAUCAUACCCCAAUUUCCAAUCCUACCCGAGUUUCACUGAGAGUAGCCUCCCUGCAGCUCCUUCUCAUUACCCUUCCUAUUAUCAAGGUUCUGAUGGUGCUCCCUACACCAGUUCACCAGCCUCUAACUCAGCAGCAGCAUAUGCUUCAACUCCUCAGUAUAAUUCUGGUGGCGUGAACGGGAACCAUCCAGAAGUUCCACCGCCAGCCUCGGAAAAAUACGAGUACGACAGCAGUUACCAGCCUCCACCUGAGAAAAUCGCAGAAGCACACAAGGAGGCGAGAUUUGCAGUCGGGGCCUUGGCAUUUGAUGAAGUUUCUACUGCAGUGGACCAUCUUAAGAAAGCUCUUGAUUUGUUGACAAAUCAAUCAACUGCCCACUAAAUCCUCUUUCAAAUGGAUUCCAUACAAAGAUUGAUAUUUCUUGCUUCAUUCACUUGCAUGUGAAUCUACUUGUUAAUUGUCCAAGUUGUUGCAUGGAUUGUAUUGUAUUGUAUAUAAGUAUUUGUUUAUCUUUA